UGAUGGGGCGGUGGCGGUGGCCGCCGCCGCCACCGCCGGAGAGAGGGAGGAGGCGCGGGAGCCGCCGCCACCGCCGUCAGCCCGGGGCUGGCCGCUGCCGUACGGCCACUUAAACGCCGCAGAGUUCCCUCCUGCAGCUGGACACAGUGUCCAUGCCACCUCCACAGAGCAGCUGGUAGUGCUGUGCUCUGGAGUGGCAAGAGCUCAGCGAGACAUUUCCAGGCGUUUCAGUGCCCCGUAUCUUUGUUCGGGGAUGCCUCUUGCUGGAUGUCAGAGGACGAUUGUAUUGGUGGACAGAGAAGGAUGAUGGCAGGCAAUAACCAGCUUUGCAUCCGACGUUGGACUACCAAGAACGUGGCCAAGUGGCUGAAGGAAGAAGGCUUCUGUGAAUACGUGGAUGUCUUGUGCAACAGGCACAGGCUGGAUGGGAUCACGCUGCUGACGCUUACCGAGUACGACUUACGAUCCCCUCCUUUGGAAAUCAGAGUCCUGGGGGAUAUCAAAAGGCUGAUGUUGUCCAUCCGCAAACUACAGAAGCAACACGUCGAUGUCCUGGAGGAGCUGGGAUACAGCAGCGACAGCCACGUUGGCGCCGUGUGCCCGAGCGUUGCUUCCCUGCAGGGCACAGACUGGUUUUGUAAUGGUGAGGUACCUCGGGACUAUGAUGGACCCAUUCCUGACGUGAAUGGUGAUCAGUAUCAAUACGCCAACGGCAAGAACAAACACUCCACGCGGAGGCUGGACCCGGAGUACUGGAAGACGGUUUUAAGUUGUGUGUAUGUGUUCAUAGUGUUUGGCUUUACGUCCUUCGUGAUGGUGAUAGUGCACGAGCGAGUACCUGACAUGCAAACUUACCCACCUCUACCAGACAUAUUUCUAGAUAGUGUCCCUAGGAUACCGUGGGCUUUUGCCAUGACUGAAGUAUGUGGUGUAAUUCUUUGCUACAUCUGGCUGUUGGUUCUUCUGCUUCAUAAGCACAGAUCCAUACUCCUGCGAAGGCUGUGCAGCCUCAUGGGAACAGUAUUCUUACUACGUUGCAUUACAAUGUUUGUUACCUCACUCUCUGUGCCAGGACAGCACUUGCAGUGUACUGGAAAGUUGUAUGGCAACGUCUGGGCGAAACUGCAGCGGGCAUUUGCAAUAUGGAGUGGCUUUGGAAUGACUCUGACUGGAGUACAUACGUGUGGAGAUUACAUGUUCAGUGGCCACACUGUCGUCCUGACCAUGCUCAACUUCUUUGUCACAGAGUAUACGCCAAGGAGCUGGAACUUCUUGCACACCUUGUCCUGGGUCCUGAAUCUCUUUGGAAUCUUCUUCAUUUUGGCUGCACACGAACAUUAUUCUAUAGAUGUCUUCAUUGCCUUUUACAUCACUACAAGACUCUUUUUGUAUUACCACACGCUGGCUAACACUAGAGCAUAUCAUCAGAGUAGGAGAGCAAGGAUCUGGUUUCCCAUGUUUUCUUUUUUUGAAUGCAAUGUUAAUGGUACUGUUCCCAAUGAGUAUUGUUGGCCUUUUUCAAAACCUACUAUCCUGAAAAGAUUGAUUGGCUGAAGAGUGUGGGAGUCAAUUGAGAUCUUUAUAAAGUGUGAUGACUGAGAUCCUACAAGGCUAGAUGAGGGGAGACGUGAAGUAACGCUUUUCACUCCAUGACCUCCUCCUUCUUGUCUUGUUUCCUAGGUUCUUAGCCAUAAAAUGGGGUUCCCGUACUUCACAGGCACGUGUGUUUGUUUUCUUGUUGCUGAAAUAGAAAAUGAUGCAGGUAAAGGCUAUCAGUGACCCAUGAAUAUACACCAGAAUACUCUUACCCCUAGUGAGGUUCUGUGUGGAUGUUUAUGUAAGUUUAACCUCAAAUACGUGCUUGUGUGGAACACGAAACACCCUUUACAGGUCCAAAUAAUCCCUGUUACCUGACAUGCCAGCCUUUACAUACACUGACUACAAAUUUGGGACUUUAUGAAGACUUUCUUUUAAAACAGUCAUAAAUGUAAUUGUCUAACACAAACUCUGUGUGUACUUAAAGACUGAGGAGUACUGUGUCAUAAUGAAGAAAGCAGCAUAGUUCUUGCUAAAAGGGUGUCUUAACUGCUAAAUAACAAGUCUUAAGUAUAAAUGGCAGUAUAAAUGGUCUGUGUACAGGUUGCCAAAAAUGGAAGUCUGCCUUGUGGCUAUGCAUUGAUGAUGGUUUUUUUUAAUGACAGCUUAUUUAGCCUAGUCUAUCAGUUGUCCAUGUGGUUGUUCUAGCACUUGGAAGUUUUCCCUUUUGUGUUUAAAUAAAUAAGUUGAAGUAAGUGCUACAUCCACUGAAAGUAAAAUUCAUUUAGCUAUGGUGAGUUAAAAGCUACGAAAUAACUUCUGUGUGGGUUUAAUUGCUUUGUACCCAAAGCUGUGCAUGCUUUUUAGGAGCAGCUCUUUAACACUGGGAAAACAGAACAGUUAUCUUCAUGUAUCUUACUGACCCAUAAAUGGAUGGGGACAAUGCAUGUAGUAACUCUUUCAGGAAAAGUAAUAAUAGUGAGUGUUGGAAAUAGUGCUCAUAUUGCUGUAUGUUUUAGCACUCUGGUGUCAACAAUAUGGUGAAUAUCUCUGGAUAUAGAUACACAGUAUAUUUGUAUAGAUGUAAACACACGUGGCAUGUGUUCUUCUAACAAGUAUGAAAAGAGACUAGUUCUCCAUUUAAGUUGCUCAUUUGCUACACUGAAAGAUAAAAGCACUGUAAGCAGUUGAGUUUUGGUUGCUUAAAAAACCCCACCACAACAAAACACCCUCAAACACCCCAAACCAACACUCCCAGGCUCAUAAUGUAUAAGCAUCGUGCAGGAGAUGCAGCGGUUUGUAAGGGGACUGUGCUAGUGUCAUCUGUACAGACAUGAAGUUAGAUUUAUGCUGCAGGAGAGCUGAUAGGUAAAAGGUACAAGUCCUAAAAAUAGGAUAGGGCUUUUAAUUUGGUGGUUGAAUGUAGGUGCUACGUGAAAAAGGUGGUGUAAAUCAGCCUUGGAGAGUUACACAAAGCAUUUCCAGCUUGCUACAAGCUGACUUCACGGCCACAGUGGACUUUGGUUUGCAUGGAGAAGAAUCCCUUUGGAAUUUUGCAAGACAGUUUUGUGUUUGGAGGCUUGUGACCUACAAUGGGCUGCUCCUCCAGUCUUGUGUUCCUUUUCUAAGCCCAGGUUGGAGCUUGGCUAUUUUCACUCUUCGUAGGAUAUUACUUUUGUAACUUAAUUUAGCUCCUAUCCCACAAGGGAAUUGUGCAUCUGGGAGUGUCCCUGCCAGCUGCUUUGAGCACACAUGCACUCUACUAUUAGGCAGACUUUUGUAUUUGUAACAUUCCAGGGUUUUUAGCAGAAUGGCAGGUUAAUGCUGUAUUGCUCAAUCUGGUGUAGCCUAAUGGCUCUUGCCAUCCAAACUGGGGGAGUAUGCUUACACCUAAGGAGAAGAACAAAGGAGAAAACAUUCUGAAAGGUUUGAUGUCUUCUCAUUUGUUGUUCUUACCUUUCUGAUUCCAGGAGGGCAGUUUGAACAUUCCUCUCGAGACUUUCUAAUCAAAGAGCUCAGUCUGUUCAUCUAUACUUGCCUUUGCAAUGCACACACAAUUAUGAAUGCUGUUGUUUUUUUAAACUCUAGGAAACAUCUGCUGUCAGUGUGCAGGACUGGCCUCUGACACGAGGAGAGGUGUGCAGUUCAACCUGCGCAGCCCUGGGUUCCGACAAGGGCCGUGGCAGUGCCAACUGGCAUAGCCGUGUCUAAGCUGAAGCAUUAUUUUGCAGCUGUAACUAUUGUUUACAUAAAGUCAACAUAUCAUUUCAAUGCUAUUGUUUUAAGAAAAAUGAAUUCCAUACACUUUGAAACAUAAGGCUUCUCUCUUUGUUCUCAUUUUUGCAAAUCCCUUUCGGUAAAUCUGUUCUAAAUCAGCAUUGCCCAUCAGCACUUUUUAAAGGAAACUUGCUCUUCUGUGCUGUUUCCCUUGAUGCUAGGUAUCUGAAUCCAAGAUAAGUAAUAGAAAGAAGCUGAUCUUGUGAGCACUGAAGUGGAUGAAGACGUUUCCAGGAUAAUUGUCCUACUUUGGAAGUUUGUUUUGUCUGUCUGAAUAUGCAAGAGGAAGGUUUGAAGUUGAUAGAAGACAGAAAAAAGUGGAUCUUAGGUGCAAAAGAGCGCAGGUCAGUCUGUGAAGUUGGUAGUGUUAGGCUUUGUUGUUAAUUAGAUGGGAACAAGUUGCUGACAGGCUUAAAACUCUGUACCUCUUUUUCAAUCAAGAGUCAGUGUUUUAAAAGCUGCCUCUCUGCUGCUGACAAGCAUUUUAAGUAAAGGCCACAGAGAAUCAUUGGGCCUCGGAUUGCGUGCUGAGCGUGUUCAAGGUUGUCCUUCUCCCUUAUGUUCACACACCCCUCUUUUUGCUAUCCUUUAACUUGCUGCACCUAUUGUCCAGUCGUCUCCUGUGGGAGCCCACAACAUGAUCUGACUUAGGGGAGUGACCUAAUUAUUGUGUCGUGGCAACAAGUGCAAGUCUGAUACUACAGAGUGCACAAGCUGAUCAAGUAGAAGAGUUUGUAUAGCUGGAUAUACAAAAGGAGGAGAGGGUCAAGUUUUUGGGUUGCUUAGCAAAUAUUUGAGACCUGACAACAGCCAUGAGCUCUCCUUUACUGUUGCCAUCAGUCUGGGGAUAUGUGUGCACAUACCUGCAAAUGACAGACACGUAGGUGCUACCCACCUCCCUUUUUUUGGUCAUUGUUGUCGUACCUUAUGACACAGCUUCUUACACCAGCUUUCCUAACCUUUUUGCAUUGAUUUUUUUGCUUUCUGGAAGAUCCCUAGGGGUUUAAUGACAUUAUACCUGCAUUCAGAAAUACAGGUAGAAGUUUUCUAGCAAGUUUUGGUUAUACUGACAGAAGCUUAUGGAAGGAUCUUUAAACAAGCUUCCUGCGACUCUUUUUGAAUCAUGACAUAGAAGCUUUCAGCUAUGCUUAUUAUCCUCAUGUCAUCUGUCAAAACAAGGUAACACUUAUGCAAAAUGUUGGUACAGAGAUGUAGCAUUUAAAUGUCCCAGACUGGGAAGAAUUGGAUCCUCUAAGUAAACUGCUUCUGAUGAAGCACAUGAUGUGCUUAACUUUAAGCAAAUCACUAACUUCAGUGAGGGUUGCCACCGUUUUAGUUUAAGCAUUUUUUAGGUAAGCCAAGCUGCUACAGUAAUGAUAAUGUCACUUUUUGGUUUUCCCUGAUGUGCCCCCCACACCCCCAUCUGCUAAAGAAGAAAACAAUCCAGUAGAAUUCCAAAUAAAUUACUAAUUAAGUGGGUACUGAGAGAAUCUGAAAGAAAACAGUGCAUCAAAAUAAUACUUUGAGAGCUGCUUAAAGAAUCAGUUUUUGAACAAAGACCAAAAAGGUUUUUUGUUGUAAACAUGUUAAGUAAGGUUAUUUAAAGCAUUGAAACCCUUCAGUGAGAAUAAAAGCACAGGUUCUUAGCAUUUUCAUUUCUGUAUGGCUGUCUCAUGUAGUGCCAAAAAGAGUGUCGAAGGGGAAGAGGGAAAGGUUCGACUCGGCCAUCAGUGCAAGUCUUUUGCAGCCGUUGAUAUCUCCUUGGGGUUUUUUAAGCAGUGAAUGCUACACUUGUUCAUUACUGUUUUUUGAUAUACAGAAGCCCAGUAGGUUUUCAAGCACCAAAACUAUUGUGGAGCUGAGUCUUAAUCAUGAAAAAUAAGCAUUUAAAGAAAUAGUAGAUGUCUUAGGGAUUAAAAACAGACACUUGGUUUUGUGGACCUGUAGUGUACCACAGUAACCUGUAACAACUGUGAUAGUUGUUCAUCCUGUGUAGUUUCCACUGACAACUUGGGGAGAGUUUGCAGUAAUUUACAGACAAUAUUGAUUUUUCUGGGGUUUUUUUUUUUACUAAUCUGGGAUGCUUUUAUAGGAACUUGACCUGUAAGUACAAGUGAACCUCAUAGUCUUGUCAAGGUGGAGGUGUAUUUGGCAGAAGUCGUAGCAGUGAGCCGCUUCACCCUCAGAAUUGGUUUGUGCCCCUGGAGUUCAUCAGUCAAGUGUUAAUUGAUAGACCACUGAUGAUUUGUACAUCAUUUUGAUUGUCACUGUUCUAAUUAAAACAGUGUUUCUGAGGAACAAAAGGCCUUUGGAGUGAACCUACCGGCGUUUUGUUUGUUAGAUGAAGAUAAGAACCCAACCUCCCCUCACGACCUGUUGAACACUAUAGUACUGUGAACACUGACCUUUCCUGUAGCAGUGUGCUGCAUACUUAUAUUUGUAUCUUAAGCAAUUCCCAGUGAGUGAUAUGUACAGAAUUCAGUGACAUGCACGUUUUUGAAGCCAGUUUGCAAUAGGGACUUUAGAACUUGAGAUAAUUGUGGAGCACCAUAACCUGACCCUUUAGCCCAGCAACUGUGUAGUUAGAAAGACUGUAACUUAGUUUUGCUAUUUCAGUACAGUUUUGUCAAGUGUCAGAAUCCACCAACGGUGUUGGAUGUGGAACUUGGCUGUAGAAACGUGGCUUUUCCCACUGAAGAGUCACUCCAGUUUUGCUCUGACAGAGAAAUUAGUGCUCUCUCAUGGCUAGAAGGUAUGCCAGUGAAGCUUCAAGUGAGUACUGUAAAUAAGUAAAUAUUGUUUUGAUUCUAAACUCAGAUUGAAUUAAUAUAUUGUUUUCUAUCUUUGUUGUAUUAAAACAUAUUUAAAAGUACUAAAAUAAAAUAUUUGAAAGCUGACAGGUGUUUGAUUUCUUUUCCCUGUAAACUGGUGGCUCUUCAGCUCUGUUUGAGUUGGGACUAUACAAACAUACCUGAUUCACCUAUGCUUCAGGUGGUUUUGCUGGUGUGGAAAUGCAUGCUGCAUGAGGCAUGUAGCCUGGUGGUUUUGCCAGUUGUACAUUGCUUUGUCAAAUCACUUAAAUGUUUUUGUUUUUAAAAGGUUGGAAAAUGUGUUGCAUCUUGUGAGAUCUCAGUGAAGUGUGACGAGGGCUUUCUGAAGUUCUUCAGCUGGAGUGACUAUAAUGUCUGUA